CCCCAGGGCCCUGCUGCUGCCUUACCUUGCUGGGGUGACUGCUUGAUUAAAGACCCCAAGACUGGACCAGGCCCUGGUGUCCCCAGACCUGCAGCUAUGGCCCAACAAGGCAGGUGUUUGAGGAGGCCCUGCACAGGGUCCCAGGACUGCACCAGGGGCCUCAUCAGCAACCUGCUGAACUGGUGGUGUGAGGGGAGGGUGGGCUCCCUUGGUGGUAUCCUCUCUCUACCUCAGUGGGGGCUGGUGGGCCCUGAGAUGGAGGCAUCUCCUUGGGCCCUGCUGAAGAUGGCAGUAGUGGGUGAGCUCCUGGUGGGGGGAUGGGUGUGGGGCCGACUCCUCCAUCCCACAUGGGCUCCUGUGCCUCUCCCUAUCAUCAGUUGGCCAAUGGAGCUUGAGAACAAGCUGUUGCUGCCAGAUAAAGCAGCAAAACCUGCUCCACUGCCCACCGCAGGCCCCCUUCCCUUCCUCCACCAGGCUGAGUGGAGAACCCUAAAGCUACGGGACAGGCUCCCGUUCCCCGUGCCUACAUAGGGUGCUGGCUCUGGCAGAAAGACAGUGUGCCUGCCCCGCAUCACCUGUCCCAGUGCGAACACCUUGGGAAGGGGGUUCCUGGUGGUCCUGUGACAACCAGAGACCCCCAGGGCCAAGGUGCCCACCCCUGGUCCCUCAAGAACUGCAAGCAAAUGCUGGUCCUGGGGAGUUGGGCAGGCACGGGGCUAGCUGCAAGCAUCUGUCUUCCCCCAGGAGGCCACUGCAGCCC